CAUCUAAGCUCAAUCAGACAGUUGAUAGAAAGAAAUAGCAUUCCCCAGACGAAAUGCGCGAAGGGUUGGAACUUAUUUCUUUGGCACAUUACUUCGUAUUUAGAAAACGCUUCUAGUGCCGCCGUAUAUAAUUGUUAAUUGUAUUCAAUCACGCCUACCGCCCAUAGCUAGGUGUAUUUCAGUAUUUCCCACCCUCCAAUUCUCCGUCAAUCCACCAAUUCAUGGCGGGGAAAAGAACCAAGGUUCCCGAUGCCUGGGACGAUGAUGAUUGGGAAGUCAAAGCCGACCAAGCAGCGUCAGCGAGUGGCCCAGGGUCGGAAGCCGAGGCAGAAGCCGAGUCAGUGGCCUCAAUGACCAGAGCGGAGCGUCUGGCGCAACAUGCCGAAUCUAACAAGAGGCUCUGGCAAUCAGCGGAAGCGCCUCCGGAACCUUUUCACUUUCUAGCCGCGCGCUCAGAACCCCCUUUAACAACCGAGUUCAAGCCUGCUGUGAAGGUCCUCAGUCGCAAGCCGGCCCCCAAGAUGAUCACGAAACGGGAUCCCCUGACCGGCGCGCUCUCCCAGCUCAAAGUGGAUGACGAAGAGUCCGAUGAUGAGAAGACCAAGGUGCAGCUGAGUCCUGAAGAGAUCCGUGCAAAGCAGCAGCGCGAGCGCGAAGAGAAGCAGCGUCGGUAUGAAGAGGUCAGGGCUAAGAUCUUUGGCACCACAGCCGCCACGUCUAGUUCAGGGAACGGGUCGAAUCCCUCGUCAGGAACGUCUACGCCAGGCAAUGCCACACCGCCGAGAUCAUCGGCUGAUGGGCGUGGUCCAAGAGGUCGUGGAAGAGGACGUGGAGGUGGUGGCGGACACCGGUACAACGACAGUCGAGGCGAUAGUAGUAGCAGCCAGCGACCAGGAAGCCAAUCAGGACACAAUGGACGAGAACUAUACGAUCCCAACUAUUCACCGAAGCCAAGUUCCCCGUUUGAGAGAAGGGGCGGUGGCACACCUGUCCCCAGCCGACCUACACAACGAGAAGAAGAUCAAAUCAUCCGAUCACCAAGAGGACCGGAUGGGAAUAGCAGAGGCUUUGCCAAACGGGGCGCGAAAGCUGGUUGAAAAUUCUUCAUUCGAGGUCU